CGUCACGUCACCGAAAGUAGCAGCAGUCGCAGCACAUCAGCAGUAGCAGGCUGUGGAGAAGUCUGUGAAAGAGGAAGAUGGCGCCUGCACCAGCAAACACGUUGGGCUACAAACCUCCUGAUGGUGGUUGGGGCUGGAUGGUUGUGAUCGGGGCCCACAUCUCCAUCGGGUUCGCCUACUCCACACCAAAAGUCCUGUCCAUCUUUUUCAAAGCAAUUCAAGAGGACCUGGGCGCCAGCUACAGUGAGAUAGCGUGGAUUUCCUCCAUCAUGCUGGCGGCCAUGUAUGCAGGAGGACCUGUGAGCAGCGUGCUGGUCGAUCGCUUCGGGAGUCGGCCGAUAGUGAUGCUGGGUGGACUGAUGUGUGGCGUCUCCAUGGUCAUCGCGUCGUUCGGGACGUCCAUCGCUUACAUCUACUUUUUCAUCGGCAUCAUCGGAGGUAGUGGACUCUGCUUGAACCUGAAUGCAUCCCUCACCAUCAUCAGCAAGUAUUUCCUGGUGCGGCGUCCUCUGGCCAACGGGCUGGCGAUGGCGGGGAGUCCCGUCUUCCUGUGCGUCGUGGCUCCUCUCAACCAGUAUUUGCUGGACCGGUUUGGCUGGAGAGGAAGUCUCGUCAUUCUCGGGGCUUUGAUGCUCAACUGCUGCGUCGCCGGCGCCCUCAUGCGUCCGGUCGCUCUGCCGCCACAGCACCGGCGAAACUCGCACUCGUCGCUGAAGACGGUGGAAGAACAGCGGAGUGGCAGCAACACAGAGCCUGAAGGAAGCUGCAUGAAGAAGGCAAAGAAGUUCAUAAACUUGUCUCUGUUCAAAAACCGAGGCUUCGUCUUCUACCUCAUCGGAAACAUGCUGUACAUUUUCGGCGCCUAUGCGCCCAUUGUGUUCCUGCCGGUGUACGCCGUCAGUCAGGGCCUGGACGACUACUCCGCAGCGUAUCUGCUCUCCAUCAUGGGAUUCGUGGACAUGUUUGUCCGUCCUUGCACCGGACUCCUGGCCAACAGCAAGUGGAUCAGGCCCAGAAUCCAGUACUUCUUCAGUUUUGCGAUGGUGUUCAACGGCGUUUGCCACCUGCUGUGCCCGCUGCUGAACACGCACGCCUCCCUGGUGGCCUACGCCGUGUUCUUCGGCGUUGGCUUCGGGAUGGUUUUCGCCCUCAUGUUCGAGUGCCUCAUGGACUUGAUGGGGAGCCAGUGUUUCCCCAGCGCCGUUGGACUGGUCACCAUCAUCGAGUGCUUCCCCAUGCUGCUGGGACCGCCCACUGCAGGCUUCCUGGUGGACCUCUCUGAAGACUACAAGUACCUUUUCUUAUUAAUGUGUGGCUCGGUGAUCGUGGCCGCCGGACUCUUCCUCUUCGUGGCGAAUCUCUACAACUAUCACAUGCUGGACAAGGAGAAGGCGCAAAAGGACCAGGAGCAGCAGAAGCUGAGAACUUCAGAGAACCAGGAGCAGAAGAAGCUGAGAUCCUCAGAGAACCAGGAGCAGCAGAAGCUGAGAACUUCAGAGAACCAAGAGCAGCAGGUGAGCACAGCAGAGGGAGAGCAGGAGGAACAUGCAGCCGAGUCGGUGACGGUACGAACUGGGACUAAAGACGAGAACGAGGCUCAAGCAUAGAAACGCACAUCGUUCAGGACACACAUGAGGGACCAAAGAUGAAGAACUGCUGGAGCAAACACCACGUUGCCAGCUGCCAGAAGACACCGUCUAUUAGAAGGUUUGUGUCACCAAGAAGAACUUUGAUGAGUGAAGAUGAAAAUGGAGCAAAUGCUGCUCUGAUGGUCCAGACUCUCUGGUGACCUCUACCUCCUUCUUCUUUUCUUUUGGCUUUCCCCCAAUCACAUUUUCAUUGGCUGUCGUUUCAUCCUGGAUCAGUCAACCAGGAUCUGGAUCUGUUCCCGUUCAGCCUGACUUCCAUCUGUCGCCAACGUGGUUAAAGCCAACCACAACCGUUUAUUUGACACGAUGACUGACAGAAGAACAUCCAAAGGGAGAUUUAAUGAAGCGUUUUUGUUAACGCAGAGGCUAUUAUUGUUUGCUAGGUGCUAAUCUCCGCCUACUGGUGAGAGACAGUUUUUAUUUUCUCCUCAAAAUUUCUCUGUGAUUUUGUAUCCAAAUCAGUUUAAUGCUCGCUGCAUUCGCCACUCAGUUAAUCGUCCGUCUACUGUACCGGAUUAUACAUUUGUACCCUAGUGGUCAUUAGAAGGAAUGGCGGUUACGACCACUCUGUAAAACUGCUGGAAUAUGUUUUUUUAUAGGUUUUAGCUGCUCUGUGUGAGAG